UGACUGAGUGCCUACCCCGACAAAUCAGAUCAGAUCAGAUCAGAUCAGAGAGACUCGCACCUUUCUGACAAAUAGCCCCACCCACCAGAAAUUCCCAUCCCACACACGAACACACAUAUCGCCUAUAUCGUCGCACCCACUAGUGCCCCACUACCGCAUCGCUCUCCAUUUCACUGUCCCUUUCCUCGACCCCGCAUUCCCGAUGCUCCCAUCCACCCGCCCCCUCACCGUCAUCUUCUGCCUUGAUCACGGCCUUCAUUUUCAUCUGAUCCACUAACUGCAUCGCCACGCACGGGUACAGACCCAUCGCAAACACGUCAGACACCAGAUCGCCCGUGAUGCCGUGGAGCGACCGCACGGCGCACCGCCAGGAAGCGCCGAUCAUGGCCGCACACAGUGCGAGCGUCCCGCCGACGGCGUGAAGGUUGGCGUGGUAAGGAGUGAGCCCAUAUUCGAUGAGGAGACACAGGAAGGAGCCGUAGAAGCAGGCGGCGAAGAAGGUUUGGGUGAGGAUCGCUUUGCUGCGUACGGGCUGGGUCUGGAAGCUGACUGGCGAGAAGGCGGCCAGGGGAUGGACCAGGUAGAUGAGGAAGCGGCGGGCCAUCGACAGAGUGGGGCGAUGGAAGAGAGUCAUGAGGCCCGUCCG